AAACAUUUCCCUCUCCCCCAAAACUGGUCACACUGGCAAAAAGAAAACAUUUUUAGUUGAAAAUUGUUUAUAACCUUUAAUUCCCGUUAUUUAAAGCCCAAGGCCAGCCGAAACAAUGGCCGCCCUGGCCAGCUUGACCGCCCAGUACACAGACUCGGAGGGGGAAGGGGAGGCCAGCCCGGACUCCCAGAAUUCCACAGCGUCCCAGGUGAUCAUUCCGCCCAAGCGACCCUCGCCCACGCCCACCAAACAGGGUCCGGAAACAAAACGGUCCAAGCAAAAGAAGAAGAAACACGCCAAGAAGGUGCGCCGCCUAGUCAGCUAUCAGGACGACAACUUGAUUUCCGACGAGGAGGAGGAUCGCGCAGCAGCCGUCUCCAGCGAGGAGGAGUCCAGCAGUUCCAGCGACAGCGAUAGCUCCAACUCUGAAGGCGGCGACAGCCCUAAUGCCAAGGAUAAGAGCAGCACGGGCAACGGGGCCAAGGAAACGGACACUCCCAUGGAGGUCGACGAAGAGGCGGAGGGCUUUCCGGCUGAAGAACGCACUGCGGAGAGCUACGAGAAGGAUCCCAAGUACGCCAAGUACAAGUUCCAGCUGCCGCCGGAGCCCAAGGGCAAACCGUCCGCGGAACUGGUGGCCAAGAUCACCAAGAUGUACACCAAGAUGCGGCAGACCAAUAUGGACAUGAACCGGGUGAUCCAGGACCGCAAGGAGUUCCGCAAUCCCAGCAUCUACGACAAACUGAUCAGCUUCUGCGACAUCAACGAAUUUGGCACCAACUAUCCGCCGGAAAUCUACGAUCCGUUGCAAUGGGGCGAGGAGUCCUACUACGAGGCAUUGGCGGCGGUCCAGAAAACGGAGAUGGUGAAGCGGCAGAAGGACCGCAAGGACAUGGACAAGGUGGAGCAGGCCACAGCCUUGGCCAGGAAGGUUGAGGAGGAGGCCAAGAAGCGGAAAUCCAAGUGGGAUCAGCCGGCUCCGUCUUCAACCGUGGUUAAGCCCACGCUUCCGGCCUUGACCACGACAGUUACGGGCACUAAGGGAACCGUCAUCUCUGCAUUCGGCUCUCUGCCCAAAAAGCCAGCCGUUUAGUCUUAAAGGAAAGUGUACAAUUAAUUAAAUAAUAAAAUAUAAAGCCAUUAA